UGUUUAUUUUUCACUUUUUUUUUGUUCACACAACAAUUGUUUUAUUAUUUCAUCGAUUUCGAUUGUAAUGUUAAUCGAUAUCGAUGUUGAUGAUGAUGAUGAUGAUGAUGAUGAUUUUCAUAUCAAAACCGAUCAAAUUAUCAACAACAACAAAAUUAUUAUGGCUAAAAUUUUAUUGUUUUUUAUUCAUUUUUGUGAUCUACAUAAUCGAUAAUGGUUAUAAUUGUAUCAACAACAACAACAACAAAAAUGAAACAACAACAACAACAGCAGUGAAAACGUGGAAAAAAAAUUUAAAUUAUCAACAAACCAUAUUAUUCAUGCAACAAUUGAAAAAUGAUCAUCCAAAAUUAGUGCAAUUAAUAUCGUUAGGAAAAUCUGUAAAACAGAAUGAUAUAUGGUUAUUACGUUUAUCUACUGAACAAAAUCAUCGCAAUGAACAUUUUGAUGAUCAUGAACAAUUAUAUAAAUAUUAUGAUCAAUCAAGACAGUUGCUACGGCCAACCGUAAAAUUAUUGGCCACAAUACAUGGCAAUGAACCAUUGGGUAAACAAUUAUUACUGGCAUUGGCUGAAUAUUUGGCAAUUGGUUAUAGCCACAAUAAUGACCAAAGAAUUGUUCGUUUACUGAAUACAGUAAAUGUGGAAUUAGUACCAAUAGUGAAUCCGGAUGGAUUUCAACAAGCCAAUGAAGGUGAUUGUAAUGGAAUCCGAUCGCCCCGAUAUCGUUGGAAUGGACGUGAAAAUGCCAACAAUGUGGAUUUAGAUCAAAAUUUUUUCAUCUCACUAGAUGAUGAUCGAAUGAAUUAUUCAAAACAAUCAAUCGAACCAGAAACAUUGGCCAUUAUGACAUGGAUUAUAACGAAUCCAUCAUUGAUAUUAUCAGCCAGUAUUCAUACUGGUUUAAAAGUUGUUUCAUAUCCAUUCUAUUAUCAACAUAUGAAAACAAUGGAUGAUUUAUUAUUUAGAAAAAUUUCAAAAAAUUAUAUUGAUUCUUAUAGAAAUGCACAAGAUUUUCUUAAUAAUAGCUGUAUGCAAAGUGAACAUUUCAUCGAUGGUAUUUCCAUGGGCCAUGAAAUGGAACUGGAUGAUCCAAGUGAUGAUGAUGAUGAUCAACCGCAACCUAUUACUGGUACAAUGUCAGAUUUUAAUUAUCUAAAUACAAAUUGUAUGGAAAUUGAUCUUUAUCUUUCUUGUUGUAAAUAUCCCAAUUCAUCUGUAUUGGAAACAGAAUGGCUUGAUAAUCGUGAAUCUUUAUUGAAAUUUAUUGAAACAGCACAUUGGGGAAUUAAAGGAAUAAUUUUGGAUGAAAAUACACAUGAACCAAUAAAAUCAGCAAUAAUUUCCAUUGGAAAUAAUGAUGGUGGUCAUAAUAUAACAUCAUCAUUACAAGGUGAAUAUUGGCGUCUAUUAUUACCUGGUAGCUAUUCAGUUACUGUUUCUGCAUUUGGUUAUGAAACAAAAACAUUGCCCAUAACUGUUGACAACAUGGAUCCAACCACGGCAACUAUUCUGAAUUUUACAUUAACACGUCGUUCAUCAUCUUCAUCAGCCACAAACAUUACAUUAGCUGAUCAUAGAAUCUCAGAUUCGAUUGAAAAAGAAGAUUUCAUCAAUUCAUUAUUACCGGAUUUCGUAACACCAACCAGAUUUAUUCAUCAUAAUUACGUUGAAAUGGAAAAACUUUUACAUGAAUUUCAUAGAAAUUUCAGCCAUAUAACAAGACUUUAUUCAAUUGGCAAAUCAGUCGAGAAACGUGAAUUAUAUGUAUUGGAAAUAAGUGAUCGGCCUGGAGAACAUGAAAUUCUUGAACCAGAAUUCAAAUAUAUUGCCAAUAUGCAUGGCAAUGAAGUUGUUGGACGUGAAAUGAUUUUAUUAUUUGCAAAAUUAUUAUUGGAAAAUUAUGGUCAUCAUAAACAAAUUGAUUGGCUUGUUAAUAAUACACGUAUACAUCUGAUGCCAACAAUGAAUCCAGAUGGUUAUGAACAUUCACGUUUAGGUGAUUGUGAUUCCCUUCAUGGUCGUGGUAAUGCAAAUAAUGUUGAUCUGAAUAGAAAUUUUCCCGAUCAAUAUCGUACUUAUCGUGAAAAUCGUGUACAAGAAGUAGAAACACUAUCAAUGAUGAAUUGGCUACAACAAUAUCCAUUCGUAUUGUCAGCAAAUCUACAUGGUGGUGCAUUAGUUGCAAAUUAUCCUUUCGAUGGUAAUAAUGGUACUGAUGAUUAUUAUAACGGAACACCAGAUGAUCAAUUAUUUCGUCAUCUUGCAUUAACUUAUUCAAAGAAUCAUCCACAUAUGCAUAAAGGCCGUUGUUAUAAGAAAUGUGCCGAUAAUGAUCUUUCAAAUGAAUAUUAUCCAAACGGUAUUAUAAAUGGUGCCGAUUGGUAUGCUUUAUAUGGUGGUAUGCAGGAUUGGAAUUAUCUUCAUACAAAUUGUUUCGAAAUCACCGUUGAAUUGGGUUGUCAAAAAUAUCCAUUAGCUAAUGAAUUACCGAGAUUAUGGCAAGAAAAUCGACGACCAAUGCUCGUAUUUAUUAAACAAAUUCAUCAUGGUAUUAAAGGUGUUAUUCGUGAUGCCACAAACAAUGGAUCCAUUGUUGAUGCUGAAAUUCAUGUAAAUUGUUCAACACAUACUGUAAGAUCAGUAUCACCAUAUGGUGAUUAUUGGCGUUUAUUAUUACCUGGUUCAUAUAAGAUUACUGUGACUAAACCAGGUUAUAAACCGGUAAGCCGGAUAGUGACAAUAAUCGACAAUGAUAAUAAUAAUAAUAAUGAAGCAAUACCAAUGCCAAUGAUAAUUGAUUUCAUAUUACAUCCAUUACUUCGUAAUCAACGACAAUCUAGUAGUGAUUCAUUUUUCAUAUUCACCAUUAUCGUAUUGAUUAUAUUUUCCAUCAUAUUUUUUACAUUCUGUAUGUCAAUCGUAUGGUGUCCAAUGGUCAUUAUAACCAUAAUGGAUCGUACAAAAUUACCAUUCAAACUAUGUUUUGAUUGUACAAAUCUACGACAAUUACUUGCAGUAACAACAACAACAACAACAAACAUAAAUGGGCGAAAAACAAAUACAUUUUAUUAUUCCAAAUUGAAUAAUGAUAUCAUUUUGACCGACGACGACUAUGAUUAUGAUGAUGAUGAUGAAGAAAAUAUCAUGUUGAAAAGGUGAUCAAUCAAUUGAUUGAUUUCUACAAC